AUGCGUUGGUUGGGACAUUUGUUGCGUAUGCCGAAUUAUCGUUUGCCGAAGAGAGUGGUGCUUUCCAUGCCCAACUCAGAGUGGCGUAAACAGAGAGGUGGCCAACCGUUGACUUGGCAGAGGGGUAUGAAGGAGAUCACGAAACGCUUGGGUGCUGUCGGUGCUACUCGCCUUCCAGGAUGGGGACCGCGUGAUCCUCACUGUGCCUGGUUGCUUUCAAAUAAGUCAUGGUUGUACGGCAGUGAAGUAUCGGUGUUGUACACUGAUGCUGUGCUGUCGAUGAUGAUGAUGAUGACGAUGAUGAUGAUGGUCAUGAUCACUAUCUUGAUGAUGAUGUUGGUGAUGUUGUUGAAUGAUGAUGAGGAGGAAUUCCACAGCGCUCGAGUAGAAGCUGGAACUCGGACUUCACACAAAUGUGAUGAACCAUCCAACGUGGACAGUGUCUUCUACAGGCCAAUGUGUCUCUGA